AUGUCAAAUGGCAACGCUGGUUUUAACGACCUCCGUGGCCGAGUGGUUUGUACGUCGGGUUUCAUGGUGUCGCCGACUCGAGAGGUCCAAGGUUUGAAUCCCGGUGGAGGCAGAUGUUUGUGUGAUGAACACGAGCAUUUUAAGGAGGAUAAGGAUGUAAGGAUCGCAUCAGAAAUGAGGCCCAUACGCGGCAUGUCGGCGGUGGUGAUGGGCGCUGGCCCAGCGCACGCGUGCUUCUUCGCCACGUACGAGCACAGCAAGCAGACGCUCUCGCAGCUCACCAGGCAUCGCCACGAGCACCUCACACACGGCCUGUCAGGCUGCCUGGCGUCGCUGGUGCACGACGCAGUCUCCAACCCCGCAGAAGGUGAGUGCCCAAUUCAUUACUUGACAUUUGACAUCGCAACAGAUAACGUUAGCCUUGUUAUUACUAUUGAAAACAUAAUUAAACUUUAAUGAGUUUCUUCUUCGCUUUGUUUUAGUUGUUCUUCUUCCGUUGAUUUUCGAAUUAGGUCCCUCCAGAAUAUCAGCGUUGCAGCGGCAAUCCAUUUUUGCCGUUGGAACAUUAUGUUGAGGGAGCAACAUUAUGUUAGUUGACGAUGUACCUUUUGUUUUAUAUUUUGUAUAUUUUUUGUUCUUUUGUGUAUUUAUUUAAUUUAUUAUUAUUUAUUUAUUUAAGUAUUUAAGAAGGUAUAAACCUUCUUUCUUUCUAUUCGUCCACUAACUGAGGUAGUAUCUUCUUUAAACAGUAAAUAAAACUAGUAUUUA